AUGGAUAGGUAUAAAUUAAGUUAUUUAAAUGAAGCAAGGACUGGAUUUUCGAGAGAUGAUUUCUUAUGUAUUUUUAAUUCAUAUAGUCUUGAAUUUGACCUUCAUGGCUUGAUAGUGGAACAGCUGGCUGAUAUAUUAGGUAUUGACCCAGACACUACAAACGAAGAAGUAUCACGUUUAAUAAAAAGAUGUCCAGAAUUACCAAAGGAUGAUAAUAGAAGCGAUGAAGGAAAUCAUAAAAUCAUUUUAAUGACGAAAACUUUAAAACAAAAUAUAUCGGCUCUAGCUUCACUUACAGCAAACACAAAGAGUGAAACCUAUGUUGACGAAUUUCUUCCAAUCCUUUUAAAUUAUUUAAGAUACUUUCCAAUAUUUUCUUUUGAACCGGAUCUUACAUGGAAGGAAUUUUCAUUACCGGAUCAGCUUUCAGGAGAACUUAUAUCGAAAUUACUUAAAAUUGCAACUAAAUUUGGUCAAAAACGAGACAUAAUUUUUAAAGAUAUUUGUGCGCUUCUUGGAAACCUGGAAAAAAAGUUGAGAUGUGGCAAUGUUGAAUACGUUUGCACCGUAAUUCUUCCCCUGUUAAAUGGUUUUUUUCGUGCUCUUCAGUCUUCACAUAUCCCAUGGCAUUAUAAUGAUUUUGAAUUCGUGGCUCAUCAAACACAACCUCUUGUAAACAACGAUUGCUUACAAGAAGUCGGACAAAUUAUUGAGACGGCGUUGCAAUCUUCAGAACCGCAAUAUUACUAUGCUAAAAAAUUUUUAUUGAGAUAUCAAUAUAGGUGCUCGCCUUUGUCAAGUAAUGGAAUCAUUUUUGGCAUAACUAUAAUGAUGAGAAAUAUGUUAGCGCGUGCAAUUAUCGCUAGUAAUAAUGACCAAGAUAGGUUUACUUUAAUGACCUUUAAAGAAAUUUGGGAUAUCUUAUUAAAGAGUAAGGCAAUUAUUCCAAUACCUGUGACGGAUUAUGUUAGGAAAACUCUGCGAAAGACCUAUAUCAUGUCUUUGCAAUACUUUGCUGAAUUGACAAAGCUAUUGGAUAAUCUUGUUGCACAAGGCAAUGACUAUCCAUCUUCUCUAUAUGUCCGAGAAAUAAUGGCUGCUAGCCUGGAUCUUGCAGCUAUUGCAAGUGUUUAUCUACACGAGGUUGAUGAUGAACUAAUCAAUAAGUUGGCUGCGUCCUUAUUUACUGUUCCACAAACACCAGACGUUAAAGUUCAAACGUCUGCACUUGAUGCAAUUACUCUCCUUGCUUUAAAGGCCACUUUAAAUAUGAUCCAGACUUUUCGCAAAUUUUUGAUUACACCAUCAACAAUUUUUGAAUUGGCUGUUACAGUUGAAAAGAAUAUCUCGAUACUAGAUUAUGCAAUAAUUCGUCUUGCUUAUUGUCUGAAGGCGGUGAAUCAUGAAACAUCUAAAUCAGUUAUCUAUAAACUACUUGCAAUUCUUCCUUCUGAUAGACAUGACCGUUCUCAAUCUUCUCUUACUACAAAUUCCACCUUAGCUCCGGAUCAAAUGUCAAUUCAUAGUUCAGUCAGUGGCAUAUCGCGUAAUGAAGAACAACGUCAACAGAUGUAUGAAAAUAUAGUUUGUACGGUUACUGGAGUUGUCUGCAUUUUGAAAGAUGAUAAUAUUACCGAAUUAAUUGUUUAUAUGCUCAGUCAACGUCUUCGUAAUCAUACACCAGCAUUGGACACACUCAUCCUUGAAAAAUUUGUUGAUAUUGCAUUGAUUUCAUCAGAAAAGGUUUUUUCUGAAAUCGUUCACAAGUUUUCCGAUAUUAGUCGUCAGUCUCUAUCUCCAGAAAACAAAAUUGUUACUACCGCUGUUCUUAAAUGUCAAUUAGAUUUGGCAAGUAGGCUUAAUUCUCGUCCGGAAUUUUAUGGUCUUUAUUUACUAAGGAUUUUGUCGUUAUUUGUGGAGAAGGGAGUUGCAAUUCAACAAACUGUUGAAAAGAAUGGAAAUUUUCAGGUUACUUCACUCGCUGGUGAAGUUGGGAUUUUGCUUCCUGUUCUUAAAACUCUAUUAUCUCAUGAUGAUUUUACAGAUCAUAUGAAUUCUUCUGAAGAACUCGUUCCGCUUUUUCGAGACCUUUGGUUUCAUUGCAUACAGUAUGGAUUUGUAUCGGAAGAAACUUGGAUACCUGAGUGGAGAGAGUCAUUAGUGGUAAUAGCUCAAAAAACACCACCACUUGUUCAGGAAACAAUAAAUUACCUUGAGAGUGAUUUAGAAUUUAAAUCUGUAUUGCGUAAAGGUAAUUCCGACCAGGAUCUUGCUAUGGUUAGAUCUUCACUGUCUUCUUUCUUACCCAAUCGUGCUUAUGAAAUAAAAUAUUUUUCUUUUGCGGAAAUAACGUUUUUGCUCUCCGUAUAUCACAUUGAAAUAAUGAGAAGUCAAAUGGGUCAAUGCUCUUUCAUCUUGAGAUAUUUUGUUAAUCAAGGUAUAAGUGCUAGUAAACUAGUUGGAUGUAUGGAAGAAAUUGGCAAUCAGGUGAUUGAGGUUUUCAUCAGGGAAUGCUCUAACAGGGCCAUCGCACAUAUUAUAAAUGAAAACCUCAGAAAUCAAGUUCGCAAUCUUAUGAUUGCCACUUGUCAUCGCCUUAGCAAAGUUAGUCAAUUGUCUAUAAAAUAUCUCGAUAAUUUGAUGACCGCGUUUCCUUCCUUGCUUUGCGAUAAAAAAUUAUUAUUUUUGUUGUUGGAGUUGAUCGAAUUAUUAUGGCAAAGUUGUGAAGCCGAAUAUUUAAACGAGUAUUCGCCAACAUAUACGUUUGUUUCGUCCAAAGUUGGAGUAUCACUUGACCUUCCCGAUGAUUAUAAUUAUCGAAGAGAAAUUUUAUCAAGGUUAUGUGAAAAUUCUAAAAAGUGGUUAACAGCUGUAAUGACACGUGUGCCUUCAGAGAUUCGAGGAUUAUUAGAGAAUUACCUGGCAGAAUUUGAUCCUGAUUUGUCUGACCAUUCUGCUCAUAUGGGACGGUCUAUCGCAAUUGAGAUAGGGAAAUCCUUUUCUAAUGCUGAUUCUAAUUCAGCUGUUGAUAAUAUGUCAGAAUUCAUUAAAGAUUAUUCUGCUAGACGACAUUUUUAUGGACAAGUUACUGGAACGAAUAAUUUGCUAGCUUCUCUUAAUAUCGAAGGUGAAAAACAACUACUUUCAUUGGGAAAAUUUUCUGAUCAGAAUCAAGAAGUAAAAGCGUCUUUAGCUCUAUUAGAAAAGAGAGUUCGUGAAGUACCUCAGGUUUCCAUGAAUGAGUUAAAUAAUACAUUAUAUUUAGCAGCAGGGAUUUUGAUAUCUUCACCAAAGAUCGCUACGUCCAUAUGGACUUGGAUAAUAAAUGAAAGGCCUACGGUUGAAAAAAGGAUUAUGACAGAAAUUGCAAAUGGAUGGGUUUGGAGCGUACGACAACGAAAAGGAUUAUUCUCUACUGCACUCAAUAUAAAGGAUCCUUUUGUGAAUAAAAUGCAGUAUGCACCUUCAGAUAAAGCUACGCGAGAUAAGAAUUACAAAUUGGCCAAAUUUUUAUUUGGUCCCCAUUUGAUUUGGUUGCAAUUUAUAUCUGGACGGUAUCAAGCCUUUAGAUAUAGAUGUUCCCAAUUAGUUCAACUUUAUUUGAGGUUUUUUCAAAUAACUCUUGAUGCUUCCGAGUUUAUAAGUAAUCAUUCUUUAUCACGGGAAGGUAGACUGCAAAUUCUUAUAUGUGCACUUAAAAUUUUACAAUCAAAUCGUAUGGAAGCCUCGAUCGAACAUAAAUUCCGAACCAAAAUUUUUGAUUCGGCUUUUUCUUGGUUUUCCUUACCCCCAAAAUGGGCUUAUGGUGGCAACAAAAGAGCAAUGAUUACCGAAUAUAAACUUUUAAUUGAAGUUUAUAAGUUGGUUGAAAAUGAUAAGGUUGAACUGGCUGAAGUUUUAUCCACUACACCUAAAAAGUAUUCUCAGUUUUCUUUGUCAAAUACUACUACAAUUGCAAUGAUAGAUAAAAACCGAGAAGAAAUAAUAAAUAAAACUACAAAAUCCAAAAAAUUAUUGUUAUUAUUUCUCGAAAGUGAGAUAAGUAAUCUGGCAACUUGGAGCAACCCCUUAAAUGCGCCAGAUUUAAUUAAGGAUAAUUUUGUUCCUGUAAUAGAAAGUCGUUUAACCGAGGAUGGUUGGAAAAGUAGUGUUAGGCAUGCUUGGUCAAUUUCUCCUCAACUGGCAGUUCAAAUGUCAUCCAGGUUCAAAAAUACAUUUGUUCAAAAUGAGCUUAAUAGAGUAUUAGCAAAUAAUGCUAAUGAGGCUGUGCGUGUUGCUGAAGCUUUACCGUUAUUGCUUGGUGAUAAAUUAAAUCAGAAUGUUCUUUCACAACUCAAGUACUUAUUAUAUUGGGCACCGGUGCCUCCAAUAACUGCGGUCAUUUACUUUUCAUCCACAUAUGACAAUAACCCCUUAAUUCUUCAAUAUGCGAUGCGUGCUUUAGAAUAUCAUGAUGUUGAUAUUGUAUUCUUCUAUAUUCCACAAAUUGUACAAGCAUUACGAUACGACUCUUUGGGAUAUGUGGAAAGGUUCAUAAUGAGUGCCGCUAAAAUUUCUCAAUUAUUUGCACAUCAGAUUAUAUGGAACAUGAAGGCGAACAUGUUUAAAGAUGAUGAAAGCACUAUAGCUGAUUCAUUGAAACCAACACUUGAUCGUAUAAUUAAUAAUAUUGUCGAAGCCCUAUCCGGUGAAGAUAAAGCAUUUUAUGAAAGGGAAUUCACUUUUUUUGAAAAUGUUACUUCGAUAUCUGGAAAAUUAAAGCCUUAUAUCAAAAAGACAAAGUCUGAAAAAAAGCAAAAGAUUGAUGAGGAAAUGGCAAAAAUUAAUGUGGAUGUAGGUGUUUAUUUACCAAGUAAUCCAGAAGGCAUAGUAAUUGAUAUAGAUUACAAGUCAGGAAGACCCUUACAAAGCCACGCAAAGGCACCUUUCAUGGCUACAUUUAAAAUUCAGAAAACUCUUCAAGAUUCCGAAGAGAUUAAGGAAAAAUUAAUUCAUUCCGUUGGUGAUGAUUGUCGACAAGAUGUUCUUGCUUUGCAAUUAAUUGCAAUUUUUAAGAAUAUAUUCACUAGUAUAGGAUUGGAUUUAUAUCUUUUCCCUUAUAGGAUUGUUGCAACAGCUCCCGGGUGUGGAGUAAUCGAUGUAAUUCCAAAAUCAAUGUCACGUGAUCAAAUGGGACGCGAGAAAGUGAACAGUUUAUACGACUAUUUUGUUACAAAAUAUGGAGGAGUGGACUCUAUUGCUUUUCAAAAAGCAAGAAAUUGUUUCAUACAAAGUGUUGCUGCAUAUUCAGUUGUGUCUUAUCUAUUACAAAUUAAAGAUCGUCAUAAUGGUAAUAUUAUGUUGGAUGACGAGGGGCAUAUUAUUCAUAUUGAUUUCGGGUUUAUACUUGACAUCGCUCCCGGUGGAAUUACUUUUGAAAGUUCACCAUUUAAACUUACUACUGAAAUGAUUCAAGUGAUGGGUGGAAGAUCCGAUGUACAACAAUUUAAAUGGUUUUCGGAAUUAUGUAUUAAAGCUUAUUUGGCUUCAAGGCCCUAUGCUGAACAAAUCGUCCAAUGUGUGGCAUUAAUGCUUGGUUCUGGACUACCAUGUUUUAAAGGUGAUACUUUGAGAAGGUUACGCGAUCGAUUCCAAUUAGAAAGGACUGAGCGUCGAGCAGCUAGUUUUAUGAUUGAAAAAAUUAAUCAAUCAUUUGAGAAUAAAAGAACAGUUUGGUAUGAUAGCUUCCAGAAAGCAACCAAUGGGAUCCCACAUUAA